AUGUUGUUGUCUUUUGUCUUCGCCGCCCUCAGCGCAUCUUCGGUCCUCGCCACCCCUCUUCUCAACGUUACUGCUCCAAGAGCCUGCGGUACCGUCAUCAGCCAAGAAAAGAUCGUUGAGGCAGAGGCGCACUUCCAGGCCAACAAGGUUUCCCCGAACAGCACGUUCGGCGCUUUGGCAGCUACUGUCCCCAUCUACUUCCAUGUUAUCAGCUCUGGUUCUGCUGUCAGCCAAGGAAACAUUCCUGACUCCCAGAUCGCCUCUCAGAUCACCGUCAUGAACAGAGCCUACGCAUCUGCUGGCAUCACCUGGACUCUUGCUGGAACCACCCGCACGACCAACGCCAACUGGUUCAACACAGCUGGCCCCGGCGCGUCAGCACAAACAUCCAUGAAGAGUUCUCUUCGCCAAGGUGGCGCGAACGCGCUCAACGUCUACACCGUGGGUUUCAACUCUGGAGCCGGCGCUGGGCUCUUGGGUUACUCUACGUUCCCCUCCGACUACUCGAGGAAUCCUACAGAUGACGGUGUUGUCAUGCUCUUCUCCUCUGUCCCAGGCGGGUCCACAACCAACUACAACCUUGGCCAGACUUUGACGCACGAAGCCGGCCACUGGGUCGGUCUCUACCACACUUUCCAGGGCGGAUGCUCAUCCAGUGGCGACAUGGUCGACGACACCCCUCCUGAGGCUUCCCCCGCUUCUGGCUGCCCUACUGGCCGUGAUACUUGCUCUGGUGGCGGAGUUGACCCCAUUCACAACUUCAUGGACUACUCCUACGACUCGUGCAUGACUGAGUUCACCCCCGGUCAGGUCACCCGCAUGAGAAGCCAGCUUGCUACCUACCGUGGCAUCAACAUCUAA